GGUUUUUAGCAUGUGCACAGUCGGAAGGUAGCAAUUGUGGCUUUGUUGAAUGGGUUGAUCACCAGUGGCCCCCAACAAUGCAGAAUGCAUUGUUGAAGCUAUGGGCAAUGGUUGAAGAUGCCAAAAGUGCUAGGGUGAAUGACAAUCUUGAGAAUUCUUUCACUAUCCACCAUCUGACAGAAGAGAAGAACAAGCUGGAGGCCAACUAUGACAAGCUAGUCCAAGAUGUGCAUGAGCUGAUGAACUUCCAGGAAGAUAAGGUGGUGGAUUUCAGGCAUCUGCAGUCUGCCAUUAUAUAUCAGCAGGAGGUAAGAAAAGAACUGACUGAUGAUAUGAAGGCAAAGAUGGCAAAGAAAGAUGCAGAGACCCAGCAACUUACUCAGAAGUAUGAGGUGCUGCUCAACCUGACAAGAGCUCAAGCAACAGUCAUUCAGAACUUGAAGUUGAACAAAAUGAAAGAGAAGCAAGUGCUUCCUGAAGCUAGUAUGAAUUUGGAGCUGAAGAAUGCAGAGCUAACUAAGUGUUAG